CGCAAGCGGACGUGAGUAAAAUCAGCGAGCUAAAGUGGCUCAAACAAGCGCACAGUGAACGAUCAUCAUCAUGACGAUCCUCGGACACAAGUACUACGUCACCCGACGAGGUGACAUUUUCGUAGAAUAAUCUGCGUGAUUUAACUCCGCUUGUUGGCUACUGCGCAAGAUGUUGUAGAGAGAGACUUAUAUUUUUUCAGUGACAAGCAGACGAAGAAUGUCCCGCUCGUGGAAGCUAAACGGUUUACCGGAGGAGCCGGAAAUCAUCAUGAACGAGCGACCACAAGUCAACAUGCCACCAAGAUCACCGCGUACCGAAUAUAGAAAGCCACGACAUUACUCGUUAGGCUGCAUUUAUGAGCGCCGUACCUCCAAGGACUAUUUUCGCGGACGACUGGCAUCCAUCUACAAAUCUCGUCGUAACUUACGACCGUCGAUCUUCCUAGAAAAAAUCGAAUCGCAAGACAACGGCGAACACGUAGAAAUAGACGCCGGCACUCCACCCCCAGUCGACGAUUCGCUAUUUUUCGACCGUGAAAUCGAGGCACUCAAACACGUGAAGGUCGAUGGUACAAGCUUAAAGACAGCAAUGUGGGCAGCGGUUAAUGUCGUCGAGAUGAAAGAUCUUCUGGAGAUGGAAAAAGGUAAUUUGAUGAAAGGUCCGGAUGGUAAAAUACUACCGAACGCUGAUCAGAGGUUCAAGAACAUUGCCUUUCUCUGGGCAUGCUUUCGUGGCUUGGCUCACUUAUUGCCGAAAUUGGAAGAGGCGGGUGCUGAUAUCGACUACGUUGAAUCUUGUACCGGCAUGAACUCCAUACUCGUUGCGUCGCUGUCAAGUAGCAUCACAUGCUUGGAGUAUUUAAUUAAACGAGGCGCCGAUGUUAAUUACGCUAACACCGCGUUGUAUUACACUCCUCUGCAUUUCGCAGCUUUUGGGAGUUCAGUCGAAGCUGCCGAAUUGCUGAUCAACAACGGCGCAAAAUUCAAUUCGUCAAGUUACACGGAAGUCGAGCCCGUGUUGCAUUGUGCUGUGAGAGCCAGAGCCGACAAAGUCGUAAAACUCCUGCUAGAUAAGGGAGCCAGCGUGGUGCAGAAGAACAGUCAAGGCGAGACGGCUCUGCACGUCGCUUGUUUUGUACAGUGCAUCAGCUGUGCCGAACUUUUGCUGUCAACAGAUGGUACAGAUCCAAAUGCCGUCAAUCAAAAUCACAGAACGCCACUUCACUACGCUGUUAUGAACACAUGUUCGUCGCCGGAACUCGUAGAAUUGUUGAUCAAACACGGCGCCUCGGUAAAUGUCAAGGACAAACAAGAAUUGACACCACUGCACAUCGCCUCGUUAAACGAACAAUCGCAGUGCGUCGAUGCGUUGAUUUGGGCUGGUGCGGACGUAAGCGCCACUACGAAAACUGGUCUAACAGCUCUAAACAUCAUCUUGAGAAAGAUACCAGAAUCUCUGCAAGUUUUUCGACAAAGACUCGACGCAUCGAUUAGACUGAAACGACCUGUGCCUCACAAUCGUGAGUUUGAGAUGAGGCUACACUUCGACUUGUUGUUCCCCAGUAAUAAUCAGUGUGAGACAAGCUUCAUCAACACAUUCGUGCAGGAACACCAGAAGGAUUUAUUGUCGCAUCCUCUAGUCAUGGCAUUCCUUCAUCUCAAGUGGGAGAAGAUACGCAAGUUUUAUCUUAUGAGGAUUUUUUUAUACGCCCUUACCGUUAUAGUCAUGACUACCUACGUACUCACGGCUCUCGCUUACAGAUGUUACAAUGUUGGCGAAAGCAACAGUUCGAAGAUUUGUAAUAAUAAGAGACUUUCAGGUUUUUUGUUCAGGCGGCAUAUCAUCGAAAUCGAGUGGUAUGUUUCGUUGAUUCUUACCUGUGUCACUAUACCUAGAAAAGUAUUUGGCUUCAUGGUAUACAAGUCGUACAGACAGUACUUCAUGAAUAUCGACAAUGUACUGGACGCAAUCGUGAUCAUCAGUGUUUUUGUGACAUCUUUUAUUUACACUGGAAGAACGUACGAUUGGCAGAAUUACGUUGGUGCUUUCGCUAUUCUUUGUGCCUGGACAAACCUCAUGCUGAUGGUUGGUCAAUUGCCUGCUUUCGGCACCUAUGUUGCCAUGUUCACUCACAUUCAGUUUGAGUUCGCGAAGCUACUUCUAGCUUACUCUGGCUUAUUGAUUGGGUUUACCAUAAGCUUUUGUGUAAUAUUCGUGGGUGAACCGUCGUUUGGCAAUCCGUUUACUGGAUUAAUUAAGGUACUCGCGAUGAUGGCUGGUGAAUUGGACUUUGAAGGUCUCAUCAAUCAGGAUGAUAUAUUGCACGAUGGUUCAUUUGUUCUUUAUCAUCCUUUAUCGGUUUGCUCGCAGAUAUUGUUUACUCUCUUUAUUGUAUUUGUCACGGUUAUAUUGAUGAAUUUGUUGGUUGGUAUUGCUGUACAUGACAUUCAAGGAUUGAGAAAUCAUGCUGGCCUUACCAAAUUAGUUAGGCAGACCAAGUUGAUUUUGUUUACGGAGAUGGUGCUGUACAAUGGAAGAAUACCUUAUACUUUUAAGAAGUGGAUGUCCGACCACAAGAUCGAUGUCGAUAACCGUAAGAGAGUAUUGGUUGUCAAACCGCUGAAUCCUUUAGAAAAAAGACUUCCGAAAGAUAUAUUGAAGUCUGCUUAUGAAAUUGCCCAGAGAAAUGCACCACUUGCUGAUGAGGAUGAUGUGAGUCUUAGUGAACAUGAGGCUUGGAUGAAACAACAGAGUGAAGAAGGACAGGAUUCUAUUCUACAUUCAACUCUCGACCAGUUGUCGACACAAAUUAAAUCCACGGAGAGUGAUAUCAAAGAUAUUAAAGAGCAGUUAUUGGAUACUAACAAGAUGUUGAAAAGUCUCGUUUCGAGAACGCAGAGGAGAUUUUAGAGAUAUGAUUUUAAAAUCGAGCAUUUAUUACGAUCUGAUUAUUGUAAAAUUCUCAAAGGUAUUUAUAUUUUUCAUAAAAGUGAUUUUUGAAAUAUUUCUUUUGAUGGAUACGUUUUUGUUUAAUGUUGAUAAUAUUAAGUGUCUGUACUAUGACAACAUGCUGUGAAAUAUGUAUGUUUAUAUUAAGGUUGUGAGAUUCAUGUAAUGACAUUUGUAAAAAUUAGCACACCUAGACAAUUUCUUUCUCUUUAAAUUUACAUAUAUAAGUAUAGUAGUAAUAUGUUAGAAACUAAAAAUGUCGACUUUUAUAAUGUUUACUCAUAUACACGUGUUGUUAUAUUCAUUAAUGCUAAUAUUAAUCAUAUAACGUGAACUGUUUUUUUUUACUUUGUUGUAUACACAGUUUUUAACCAAUAAAUUAAAAACGAGAGAGUUUGAAAUAGAACUUUACAUAUUUAAAAUUUUAUUUAGAACAUUUAUUAGUACAAAUUAACAUUUUUAUAGAAUAACUUAAAAUGUAAGCUGCGUUCUUUGCGUAAACAUGUGCAUUUUGUCCGAAAGCAUUGAUCACAUCGAUUAUAAAUAAAAUCAGUUUUCGUAAGAUUUAUCUAUAUUCUGAAAUAAAUUUCAUGUAUAAUUCGUAAAAGCUGGAAAGUUUGUAUGUGCAAUAAAAUAUAAUUUAUAAAAUUACCAUUACCUAAUCUAUGCAUUCUAUAAUUUAUGACUGAUACAACAUUUAUUCUAUCAAAUUUUUACAGAAAACAUUAAUUUUCUAAUCAUCAAUUAAUAAACGACGUACAUAUGGCAAUAUUUCAAUCACGAAAUAAAUCAUGUAGGCUAACCGGAUCCGUAGCAUGAAAGGAAAUUCCACAUUCUUUUAAUUGUAUACGACUUAAAUGAUUAAAAACAAUUUUACAAAGUAAGAACUUGAAUAAAUAAUAAAAAAGAAGAACUUGAGUAAUAAAAAAAGUUAAGAAAAACGCAUUAUUUCAAAUAAAAACGUCAAUUAUAAGUUUAUAUACGGAAUCCGCUGAUUCAUCUUGUCGCAUUGCAUAAUUGAUCAAGGCAGAAAUACGCGUACAAAUGACAAUUCGUAAGCAAAAACAAAAAAGAUAUUUUUGGCUUAUAAGCGAUUUGCUCUACUGAAACAAUGAGAUUCAUUCUUAAAUAAUACUUUAGCAAAAAAAUAUUAACACGAUACAGCUGUAGGAUAAUACAUUUAUGUACACAAAGUCUUUGUCACUUUUUGAUUGAUGAUGCAGUUCUUGCUUAGGCUUUGUUUGUUUUUGUUUCAUUAUAAUGACGUCUCGAAAAUUAUCUUCUAAAUCGCUCAUAUAUAUACGUAUAAACUUAUUCGUUGACAUCUUGGAAAUAAUAAUGUGUACCCACCAGACCGUCGUACCUUCAUUUCCCAACUGUUAAAUAUUCGCUUGGUUAUUGAGAUUAUUUUGUCAAAUUAAAGAUAUUCUACUCUAAUUUAGUGACAUUUCUUAUAAUCAAAACGCAUUACCAAUUGACAUCACAGAAAUGAUAAAUGAUUGAGCACUAAAACUGAAAACUAUUAAAUUUACAAUUUUUGCAAACUGCCAAUUUUACAAAAUAAGAAUAUUAAAAAAAAUAAGAGAAUAUUAUAAAUUG